AUGUCUUGUUUUCCCAUUGCAAUAAAGCUUAAACCAACUUUUGAGACAAAUGUUGUGCGAAGAAUAUCAAAUUAUACUGAUGAAGCUGUGAAAGACGAGAACUUCACCAGAAGAUGUCCACCAGGAAAAGUGCCUAUCCACAAAAAGACAAUGAGACAUCAAAUAUUGGAAUCACAAAUUAAAGGUUUUCAUCAAAAAACCCAGGAUUACCCAUACCACCAUCUUGUUCACUUAGAUACAACUCAAGAUUUGACGUUUCGUGGGGCAAGCGCAUCAAUCAGCUUGUACAAUCUAUCUUUACAAGGAGAUCAAUUUAGCAUAUCUCAAAUUUGGCUUGGAAGUGGUCCAGAUGAGGAAAUUAAUAAUAUACAAGUGGGAUGUGGUGUAUUUCCAAAUUUAUAUGGAGACAGCCAGUUACGACUAACUAGCUAUUGGACGGCAAAUGGUUAUAAAACUGGAUGCUAUAAUGUUAAUUGUCCGGGUUUUGUGCAAGUCAGUCCAGAUUUCGCCAUGGGAUCUACCUUUGGACCGACAAGCACCAUUGGAUCAGAUUCUUCUGGGAAAGUUGAUUUGCUUUUCAAAGUCCUACAGGAUCGAACAACGGGUAAUUGGUGGGUAAUCAUGGGUGGUAAUAGUAACCUUAUAGGGUAUUGGCCUAAAAACAUAUUCACUCACUUAAAAGAUGGGGCAUCUUGGAUUCAAUAUGGUGGUGAAACCUAUACUACUCCUAAUUUGACGAGUCCGCCAAUGGGUAGUGGGAGACUGCCCCGGGAACAUUUCAGAAACGCAGCUUACUUUAGUAAUAUUAAGAUUGUAGAUUCAGAUUACAAUGAAGUUGACAUACAACGUGAAGACAUGGAGACUACUAUUCUUACAAACCCAAAUUGUUAUGAUCUCUUGUACCAAGGUUACCAAGGCAAGUCUCACAGACAAGCUUUUCUCUUUGGUGGGCCAGGCGGUCAAUGUGGGCCAUAA